AAUAAUAAAUUUGCAGACGACAGGGUCUGACUUCGGAUGUUGUAAGUUCAAAAUACUCUGGAAAAGUUAAAGCUUUGUAAGAAUAAUGUUCAAUAGUGAAGAUAGUGGAGAUAAUGAUUUUAAUCUUCAAACUGGAGGCUCAAAACUUUCCUCCUUAUUUGAUAAUGAAUCAAUCGAUAUUGGCACUACUUUAAGCUAUAAAGCUCCGAAAGAGCCGAAGAGCAAUGUUGCUGCGAAUCAAACUACUAAAACCGUAGAGAGUGCUGUUUUGUGUGCAUUUGUGGUAAAUACAUUUAAACUUGAAAAUAAGGAAUACACUAGUUUUGGAAAGCUUGGAUGUGCUUUAAUAAAGUAUAUAGAUAACAAACCAAGUCAACUUUUGCUAUACAAAACUAAACAACAACCUGUCGCAUCUGUUAACGUAUCAAGCUCGUUUAAUUUAACUGUUCAAAAAAGAAACUAUGUGACAUUCUACGACGAUCGCAGACAAAAUUGGUCGAUCCUAUUCGAAAAAGAGAAGGAUAUUGAGAAACUCUGCUUGCUGGUGUCAUUGGAGACUUUUGCAAGCGGUCAUAGGAAAGAAGUAGUUUUUAUGAACUUGUACGAAGGAGAGGGAGACUGUAUCGAAGAAAAGGAUGCACUAGAAAGCUCUAUUGAAGGAUGGGCACUAAAAAAAAUGACUCUUGAAAAUCCUUUGAAAAAAGAGAUUCUAAAGUUUAGAAUUGGAUCUCACAAAAUGAACAAAAUUUUAGAAGACAAAUUAAUUGGGGCCAAGAAAACUUGCAGAAUAAUUUUAAUUAUUCCCGCUGAUCAAAAUAUUAAAUCUUCCAAAUGGCCCUUUCCUGAAAAGUGUGAUUUGUUACUAUUGAUAUCCAUAGAUAAGGUUAAACGCAAUAAAGCGACAAAAGAAGUGGCUUCUCCAGAAUCUUCAGUUGCUUCGUCUCCUACCCAUACACCUGUCCCCGAGCAAAAUACUACUCAAACUAAUACUAAUAGCUCAGAAACUAUUCAGGAACCAACUGCCAACUCAACAAACUCAAGGGCACAAAUUCUUUCAAAAAUGGCAAAAUUAGGUCAACCUUUAAUUCCUAUGUUUGCUGGAGGCUCUAACCCUUCGGAACCAGAAGAAGAAGAAACAGCAGCUGUAAAAUCACCAAAAGGCAGUCCAGAAAAAAUUUUCCCUAGCAAACCAAAGCCUCAAAUCGUCUCAAAACCUCAAAUUCACAUGAAACAAGAACCAGCUUCACCACAAUCUGCUUACAGCCAAAAUUUUCCAGUUGCACAAAAUUAUCCAACAAAGGGAUUACCUGGUCAAGUUGCAAUCUAUCAGACACCUUCUGCAUUUCAACCUUUACCCCCACAAAAUUUUUCCAUCCCACAACAAAAUGAUAAUAUGACGCAGAUUUUGCUUUCUGAGCAAAGAACUCAAAACACAGAGAUACGAUUGGCAAUUGGAAAAGUUCAAGAUAAAGUAGAAAAUGUAUUAGACAAGUUAGAAAAGCAGCAACAGCUCGCAUUAAAUCAACAACAGAGUCAGUUAUCGUACAAACAAAGCGAAAGUUUUGAUGCUCUUGCAUUUGCUGCCUCUUAUCAAAAGUUACAUCAAGAAAAUAGUAAAUUAAUAGAAGAAGUUGAUGCGAAAAGAGCAUUGGUUCAAAAAUUAAAUGAAAAGGUGUCUGAAUUACUUUUAAAAAAUCAGCAAUAUGUUGAACAAAGUACAAAUUUAUUAGAGGAAAAACACGCAGCUGUUCACAAAGUUAACGUUCAUACGCAGCAGCAACUUAGUAACUUAGAGACAGAAAACAACAUACUAUCCAUGGAACUAAACCAGGUUAAAGAUACCCUGACAAAAAAAACAAACGAACUAAAUUCAUACAAGGAAAUGCUAUUUGAACAAAAAAGACUUGCAGAGAGCCUAAGCGAAACAGAAGUCAGAUUAAAUAUUGAAAUGGCAUCUGCAAUUACCAGUAAUAAAGACCUUGAAAGUGUCAAUACAAAAUUAACGAAGGACCUGAAAGAUGCUUUAAGGCGAGUUAGCUUAUUAGAAGAAAUUGUUGAAAAAUUGGAAGCUUCAAAUAAGGCACAAGCUGAACAAAUGGAAGUUGCGAUUGAAAAUUCGAAAAAAAAUGAAGAAGAAAUAAGAUUGACACUAAUAGAAAAGAUGACGAAUGAUCAUAAAGAGUCUCUAAAGGUAAAGGAAAUUUCUAUGAAAGAAGAAAGAAGACUAGAAGUAGACAAAUUGAAGGAGACAUACGAGUCUAAAAUAGCUGAUCUUACACAACAAUUCGAAGACUUACAGAAGACAAAAGAGGAUAAUUACCAACUUGAAUUACAAAAAAAUGAAGACGAAAGAGAAAAACUAGCCGCAAAGUACAAAAAAUUUGUUGAAAGAACGAAACUUAUGAAAUUAGAAUAUGAAAAUGAGAUAACUCAAUUAAAGGAAUCAUUGACGAGUUCUAAACAUAACGUAGGCGGUACUGAUGUUGGUGCUCACAUAAAGAAAAUAAUGAAUGGGUUUUAUAAAGAAAUUAAAAAGCAUUUUACUCGCGAAAAUACGUACGAAGGAGAAAAAAUCAACACUACAAUAUUAGAAAUAGUUAAGGACGUGACUUUGUCGGCACUCCAACCUCAGUCGCAUAUUCAAGUAACUAAUAUCACAGACAAACACACAGAAAAGAAUUCAGAAACGCAAAUUGAAGAAGCACAAACCGAAAAUAAGAAAGAAAAAAUUGUAGCUACACAAUCUGAAGUAGAGGAAGAAAAAGUUGAAGGACAAGCUGAGAUUAAGGAAGAAAUUCAUAGGGAAGAACAAGGUGAAAUUGAAGAAAAAAUUCAUAGGGAAGAACAAGCUGAGAUUAAAGAAGAAAUUCAUGCGCAAGAACAAUUAGAAAACGUUAAAGAAAAGGAAUUAAAUAUUAAUGUAGAAAAAGCAGAAGAAACGCAAUUAACAACUAAGAAAGAAGAAGUAAAAGAACAGUUACUAGGUAAUUAA